UCACUUCCUGGUUGUGCUCGCGCAGCAGCUGCACUAGUAACCGGCCACGGAGUCACUAGUAGUGCUCGCUGGCACGCCGGCGGCUGUCCGAGUCCCAAGAAGUUCCGCUCGACGUUGGCGUCUUUCGGCUUUCCGUCGUCAACUCGUCGGGGAAGUUUUUGACGCGGCGGCCGCAAUGGCGACGACCUAGCCCGACUUUGCCUUUUUUUUUUUUUUUUUCUCUCUUCUCCCCGCUGCCGCUUUGACGGCCAAAAGUUCCGCGAAGGUUUCUGUGGCUUUUGCGUGCUUUCAUUUCGAGUGGAAGCAGGAGGGCGAGGAACAUGAAGAAACAGUUCAACCGAAUGCGGCAACUCGCCAACCAAACAGUCGGGAGGGCCGAGAAGACCGAGGUGCUGAGUGAUGACCUCCUUCAGAUCGAGAGGCGCAUGGAGCUGGUGCGCUUCAUGUCGCACAACGCGCACAAGAGGCUGGUGUCCUGUCUGCAGGGCCAGCUGGGCACCGACACGGAGAAGAGACACAAAAAGUUGCCCCUGACGGCGUUGUCUCAGGCCAUGCAAGAGGGCGGCGCUCAGCUGGGGGACGAGAGUCUGAUCGGCAAGAUGAUGGACGUGUGCGGCGAGGCCGAGAGCAGGCUGGCGAGCGAACUGAUGCAGCACGAAGUGCAGAUCGAGCGAGACGUCCUGGAUCCUCUCAACGCGCUGGCCGAGGUUGAGAUACCCAACAUACUAAAACAGAGGAAGCAACUGGCCAAACUGGUCCUGGACUACGACUCAGCCAAGACCAGGUGGUACCAAGCAACCAAGUCUAGCAACCAGGCCAUGGCAGCCAAGGUGGACCCCCUCAAGGAUGAGAUGGACGAGGCUCUGAACAAAGUGGAAAUGUGUAAAGACCAGUUAUCGGCAGACAUGUACAACUUUGCGUCCAAAGAAGGAGACUAUGCACGCCAUUAUCUCAUGUUACUGGAGGCCCAGGCAGACUACCACAGAAGGUCUCUGGCAGCUCUGGAGCAAGCUAUACCGAGUAUUCAAUUACAGCAAGACUCCUGGACGGAGAAGCCGGCGUUCGGCACGGCCCUGGAGGAGCACCUGAAGCGGAGUAACCGUGACAUCGCGCUGCCCAUCGAGGCCUGCGUCAUGAUGCUGCUGGAGACGGGCAUGAAGGAAGAGGGUUUGUUCCGAAUAGCAGCGGGAGCUUCAAAACUAAAAAAGCUGAAAGCCGCGCUGGACUGUUCCACUUCCCAACUGGAAGAGUUCUACUCCGACCCCCACGCCGUCGCCGGAGCCCUGAAGUCGUACCUCAGGGAACUUCCGGAACCUCUCAUGACCUUUGGCCUGUACGACGAGUGGACGCAGGCAUCCAAUGUGUCCGACCCUGACAAGAGACUUCAGGCUUUGUGGGUGACGUGUGACCGUUUGCCGAAGACUCACAAAGCCAACUUUAGGUACCUGGUGAAGUUUCUGGCCAAACUGGCUCAAGAGCGCGACGUCAACAAAAUGUCCCCCAGCAACAUCGCCAUCGUCCUGGGCCCCAACCUGCUGUGGGCGAAGACGGAGGGGACGCUGGCGGAAAUGGCUGCGGCGACGUCGGUCCACGCGGUCGCCAUCAUUGAGCCGAUCAUCCAGCACGCCGAUUGGUUCUUUCCUGAAGAGGUGGACUUCGACGUGUCGGGCAUGUUCGCCAUGCCCGUCCACCCGGCGGCGUCGGACCCGGAGCUCGAGAGGAAGCGCCCCGGCAGCCUGGUGGGGCAAGACGGGGACGCUCACCCUCCCCGCAAAGACAGCCCAGCCCGGGAGCUCACAUCCACCCCGCCUCCGCAGAGGAACGGUUCGGUCCACCUCACGGCCGGGGCGCCGCAAUCCCAGGGUGGCUCCAGGGGGCCCAGCCCUCACAUGGUCCGCAGAGGCACCAAGAAACAGGCGCCGGCACCGCCCAAGCAAGCCAGUCCCUUCGCCUCUCAGUCCGUCAACCAAAGUUCAACGUCCCCGCACCACCCGCCCGUCGCCCCGAGGCGCCACCCGGGCAAAGAAAGCCCCAUCCACGCGCCGCCGAGCCACCCGCCCCCACAGCCGCCGUCGCCGCCCAGGACGCCCACCCCGCCCGACACGCCGCCUCACGACGGCCCCUUCUCCCAGCCGCCCGCCUACCAGUACGGCUCGCUCCCCCGCCCCUCCCGGCCGGCGCCCAAGCCGAGACCCCGGCCCAACAUGCCGCCGCCCCCGCAACCCGCCGUCAGCGACGGCUGCAAUGGCCUCUUGGGCUCCGCUUCGAAGAUCAUCACAGACGGCGGCCUGGACCUAAAGGGGGUCAAACGAGCGUGGAUCCCGGAGGUGACGGCGGGCCAACCAGCGGAGCCCCCCGCCGACCCCGACCUACAGGCGGAGAACACCUCGUUGUGAGCGGGACAUCGUACCAGCUCGGCGCCGCUCGACUCUUUUGCGACGCUUUCGUGACAAUCUGCCGCCAGGCUUGAUCGAUAGUAUUUUUUUUCUAUGAAUCUAUUUAAUGCACAGCCAGAUCGAUUCAAGUGCAAGUGAAAUUGAGGACCAAAGAAACGCGAUGAGAACGACUUGUGGUUGUUGUUGAGCAAAGGUGCAAUAAAUAUUCAGCACAUCUUCCAGUGGCACAUAUUUGGCUAGUGUAGUUCUUAUGCAGUAGUACUAGAGCAAAAGGGACUACCUUGACUUUUACAGUUGUAUUUUAUUGGACUGACUUACUACACUUUAAAUUGCUUGGAGGAUAUAUUUGUUCCAAAAGUGGUUUAUUUAAUGAAUAUAUAUAUAUUUGACCAAAUAUAUGAAAAGCAAAAUGUUUUCCUUUCCUCUUGUUGACAAUCCUCAACUUUCUCAGACUCUUCAGCUCGUUCAUUGAGAUGUCGAUUUCAUGUUUGUUUUUGCUGAUGAUGCUGAAAAACUGUUGCUGCAUCAUUACUUGAUGAUUAAAGUCUUACAAUGUCACAUUUGGAGUGUAAAGCAUUAUAUUGAAUCUAUUUCCAAUAAAGCUAUAUAAUGCCACAUUUCCUUCAA